AUGAACAAGUUCUGUUCAAGUUUUUUGGAUCUCAGUCGCCAAAAUACUUACCUACGAAACAGAAUUGAAAAUAUCGAUGUGGAUCAUGGGAUUGUGUUCUCCAUUGAGUCAAACACACAGUUAUGUGAUAUGACUAUCGACUGUGUUGAGUCUCGCCUACUACUUGUUGGGUCACAGGACGGACAUAUACAUAUAUUUGAUGUUGAAGACCCAAGGGUCUGGAGUCUUGAUUCAAUUAAACAUACUUCUAUUGCGUCCAUUUGCAACAGAAGAAGUGGUGGUUCAGGGUUUAUGUCAAAAGGGUCUCCACUAGUUUGUAUGCAAUGGUAUCCAGUUGACAGUGGUUCCUUCAUAUCGGCAUCAGCUAACAAAAUUCUCGGCAUAUGGGACACCAACCGCCUUGAGUGCGUCACAUCGGUAAGUUUCGCUCAAAGUUUGUCCUGGUUAUCUAUGUCACCUGUGGCUUGUAGUCACAAUCUGAUUGCAGUUAGUCUAGGACCAUGUAGUGGUGAAUCAAGUGGCCGCGCCGUCUUAGUUGAUCCUCUCAUUGGUUGUACAGCUACCACGCUACUUGGAAGUCAUUCUCAAUCAGGCCUUACACAAGUUACUUGGUCCCCCAGAGCUGCUUACGUGGUUGUUACGGGAGGACGGGAUGGAAGAGUAUUGUAUUGGGAUAUCAGGUUUCCUGUCAAACCGGUAUAUUCGCUGAAUAAAGAACAUGAUCUCCAAAGUUGUUUAGAAUAUUCGAAUGAAGGUUAG